CUCUAUUAGAUGCCAGCUCACCCCGUGUCUCUCGAGUGUUGACUGUUGACCAGUGAGGUGGCAUUCCACGUAGGCAUCUCUCCUCCCUUUUAAAUAUACGGACCACCUUUGACCUCUCCGUAUUUUCCGUCCAAAUAUAAUUUCCACACAAUAGAAAAAAAGAAUUGAAAGAAGGAAAAGGAACAAAUCUAGCAUGCAGAAUCUAAGACUUAGUCCGGCAGAAAGAAUCUCCGGGGACCCUUUUCAUCACGCGCCACCGCGGCUCAACUCCGAGCAGGAGUUCGCCGUCAUGGUCUCCGCCUUGAAGAAUGUCAUCACCGGAGGAAAUUCAGCCGUCUUCCCUCCACCUGAAGAAAACAAUACUUGUCCGGCGGGGGAACCGCUGCUGAGCUUACCGGAAGGUUACAGGUGUCAGUUUUGCGGAAUUUCAGGGUGCUUGGGCUGCAACUUCUUCGGGGCGCCGCCGCCGGAGGUGGGCGGCAAGAAGAAGAAGAAUCCGGCGGCGGCGGCGGCAAAGAAGAAGAAUAGUUUCAGGGGAGUGAGACAGAGGCCGUGGGGGAAAUUUGCGGCGGAGAUUCAGGACCCGCGAAAGUCGGCUCGAGUGUGGCUCGGGACGUUCAAGACGGCCGAGGAGGCGGCUCGGGCUUAUGACCGAGCCGCCAUCGAGUUCAGGGACCCGCGAGCGAAGCUUAAUUAUUCGUUCGGCGAUUACGUGACCCCACAACAUCCUUGUCAAGCGCAAGUGCAACCGUCGCAUCAAGAAAAUGUCUUGAAUCUGAUGAACGAUAAUUUUGAGACGAAGAAAAUGGAAGUGGACAAUACAAAUGAGGAUGAAGUGUUAGAAUUUGGGGAGGAUGAAAUAGAAGCAUGCUUGAGAAUGAUUAUGAUGGAAGAAAUAGAAUAAUCUUAGAUAGUUACAUUAUAGUCCUUAAUUAAAAUCCAAAAUGUACCUUAAUUUUGACAUUAAUUUUAACCUUACUUUCUUACAAACAUUGAGAGCACAUAUGAAUAUUUGCAAGUAAAGUAGAUGAAAAAUG